UCCAAAUUCGAGAGUUCACACGUACCUUUCAUCGAUAAAAGUGAAGCGACUGUUAAAAAAAUGAUCUCCCCAAGAAGUUGAAUCCACCAUUUCACACACCUCCGAGGUGCAAAGCCAAUCCUUUUAUAACUUGGGCAUUGUGGAGACACCAUGAGGAUCAUGGGAAUUGUAGUAUGAAAGUAGAUGCGCUUCCGAUCAAGGCACUUGAAGGAAAGUGCUCAAAAGUUUCGCUCAGAAAAGUAACCGGUUUAUGGUAAAGGGUGUAGCCUACAACAGAGAGAUCGUGGUUGACUUCCCGGACAGAAUGUCACAGAUGUCUUUACGUGAGCACAGUAGCGCCCCCUGCCUUCCGGUGACGGCAGUGGCCUGGACCUCCAACGCCAGCAGUUGCCCAAAUGAUUUGACUCUGGUCAAUACGACAGAGGAUGGAGCUACUGCUAAUUUUGGGCGUGGAUUUGGAAAGUCUGGGUAUUACCUGUGCUACAGCAUGAAAACGGGUGGAGGGAUGGUGGUGUCUGACAUGCAGGUGAUCUCUGAGAAGGAGUCCACCCCUCACGGCUACUGCUAUAUACCUGAGUACCUGGAAGCCAAGGCCUCAGUGUGGAGGAAGAAGCGUGUGUGUGUGCUUAUCGUACCACUGGGCACCGUGGAGACGGCUGUGCUGGACAUCAAACUGACCACCAAGAGCAGAGUGGUGCUGCCAUAUUACACCUGCCUGGGGGAGGUUCAUGGUUUUGUGAUAUGGUGCAAGAAGGGUGCGUUCUCAGGACCUCCACCUCAGAUCAAACCCCGCAGUGUCAGCCUGGACAUCCGGAAGCUCUCCCUUGAACAGCCUGAACCCCCAAAACACCCUCAAACCAGUAAUGACCCUUUUACACCAGGACUGGGGAAACUGAGCCAGCGUCGUGGCAACCUCCACAAAAAAGAUAAUCUGGAGAAUAUCUCUGAAAACAGCCUCAACAGUCCUUCAGCGAUGGAUGGGAUCCCGUUCGCUCUGCAUCCCAAGUUUGAGUCUCAGAACAUCAGCUCGGUGCCUUCAGACUCUCUGAUCUUAUGUAUAAAGUCAGUGCAAGAUAUCGAGAGCGAGUAUAACUACGCCUUUUCAGUGGAGGAAAAUGCUGCUAAACCAGACCCUCCCAGAACAUCCCUCGCCUCGUCCUCUGCCACACCCCCUGCACUCCCCGCUCGCCCAAAGUAAGUGGGUGUCUGGCUGGACCCUGGAUCAGUUUUUGGGACAGAGAGAGUACCUGGGACUGAAAAUCCAACUUCCCCCUAAGAACUCCAAGAACUUUGACCUCUCCUGAGCCUGGUGCUCACAUAUACACAGAGUACGCACACACACGCACACAUACACAUGCGCAAACACACACAUACACACACGUGCACAUGCACACACACACACACGCACAGCACACACACCCCACAUUUACAUUUACAAUACCAAAUUAGUGCAAUGGUCAGGAUGUCCCAAUAGCUUUCCUUACUGACAAGAUAUUAGCCACAAAUAAUAGCUUAUGCGGCAUUAUUCUUAUCCCAAUGAGAAUACAUAAAACAUGCAUUUGUGUUCCUGGGGAAAAUAGCCAGAUGUAUUAUACGAAAAAAGGUUAUUUGCAUGUGCUGUGAGUGAACAGUGCAUUGGAAAUUUUUCAUGGAACUUCUAUCUGAAUGAGACCAAUUGCUGCUAGUGACAAUACACAGAGAGAAGAUAAUUUGGAGUCUAGUCAGCCAACCCCCAGAUCUCUACCCCAAACACUACAUAUUUACCUGAGCCCUCAAACCUCCACCCCCUAACCCCACCCACACACCUGUCAUCAAAGCUUCAUCAAGAGAGAGGAUGUUGAGACCCACUGAAUGAAUAUAUAAAGGAGAUGCAUUACCAACAUUUUUAGACAUUAUUUGAAAAAGUAAAUAAAUAAAAUAAAUAAAAACAUUUUAUUGAAUGCCAUACCUGUGUUAGUUCUGCAGAUGCAGACUGGGGCUCAAGAAUCCUGACUGGGUUCUAGAGUUGUGAGUCUUCACCCAAAGGAAUAUUCCUUUGCUAAUAUUUAUUUUGUUAAUAAAAUAUUCUACAUAAUGGGAACAACA